AUGGAGUUUGAUUCGACGCUGCAAUCAAAGGGUGAGCCAGCGUUAGAAAUCAUUGUUGAAAAAGAUGAUGCUGUAAGCAAUGGUGAUGCCUGGAGGACAACAAUUGAUGCUUGCUUACCUGUACUUGACCUCAUUGACACACGGAGGUCUAUUCCAUAUGGCAUUCAGCAAGACAAUUCCACUGAUUGGGGAGGCUUUGCUUGGAAUGCUAGAGAUGGAAUUGGAAGACCAAAUGCCAAGUCUAAUGUAGGAUCCAGUUGGGGUGAGAAAGAUAAGAUGGAGUCUGAUGAGCAUCUGAAAGUCCCAAAAGAAUCAGACACAUGGAGUAAUCUGCCAUAG